AUGGCCUCUCCUAGUAAUGUUAUUAUUUUCGGCGCAACUGGAAGCGUUGGCUCAGCCGCCGCUCUUAAAGCAUAUCAAGAGGGCGCAAAAGUUACUCUCGCCAUGCGCGAUACUUUAAAGUCUAUUCCGACGCUCGGUGACAUCUCCGCCGAGAAAGUUCAAGCAGACCUCACCAAACCUGAAACCGUUCAGACGGCAGUUCGCCAGAGCGGUGCCAAGACUGCCUUUGUCUACGCAAUUCAAGGUAUUCCAGACGACAUGCGGCAUACCUUUGUGGCGCUUAAAAAAGGUGGGAUCGAAUUUGUCGUUCUUCUGAGUAGCUUCCUCGUCCAGGGUGAUCGACAUGCUACACCACCCACUGAGAUAGUUCCAUAUGUUCAUGCAAAGGUAGAGAUAGCUCUUGAGAGUGUCUUUGGUAACCGGUGCAGUGCUGUGCGACCAGCUUAUUUCGCCAGCAAUGUUCUACAUUUUAAGGACGAAAUUGCACAUGGCGAGGUCAAGCUACCAAAUCCUGACGCUGAAUUCGACUGGAUCUCACCAAAAGACAUUGGGCAAGUCAUUGGGAUGGCUCUAGCGCAUGGUACACAGGAGAUCUCCAUCCCUUUGGUUGGACCAAAUCGGUUAUCUGUGAGGGAUACUUUGAGUAUCAUUAGCCGUGUUCUGAGCAAGGAAAUUAAGAUCACCGUUGUUGGAAAGAAACAGGCAGUGGAGGAUAUACAGCAGAGGGGACUUCCAGAGCCGGCUGCCAAGUGGUUUGUUGAAGCUGUUACCGGACAGAGAAGUUUCAUUUGGGACGUGCCAGAUUUCGAGGUUGGAGUGGACAAUGUGCGGAAGUAUACCCACCAGUCUCCAGAAAGGUUUGAGCAGUGGCUGGAAGAGAAUAAGGAGAAGUUUACUGUAUAG